AUUGAUUGUUCGGAAGACAGGAGAGAGUGGCGAAGUUGACUUAGCCAAUCGGAUCUAUUACGUCGAUUCUUUUUUUCCUAGCCAGGAGAGCCCGAGUGAGCCUAAUUUCACGUCAACCCUGCUCCUCAUGUCUGGGAUCAAUUAUGGGGAUAAUCCAAGAUGCCCUGCUUGCUUCGCGGCUCGCUUCGGGCUUGAUUGCGAACUGUCAUCGACAGCCUCAUUCUCGCCCAAAGAUGGUGUUGAAGGUAUCAAUGCAUCUGUACCCAACGUCGAAAAUGAGGCUGCAACAGCAUCUACCAUCGAACCAAUUUCUUCUCUCCGGCCGCCACAGAGGGGGAAGCGUUAUGUUUAUGUUUGGCAUUGCUGCGCAUGUGACAAGGCUAAGAUUGGGAUCAUGGUCGAGCAUUGUCCUGACUGCGGAGCCCAAAGAUGCCCGUACUGUCGCACCGAAAAGGUCAGGGUGCAGUAAGGCACUGGACCUCCCGAGCCGUAAGCCAUGCGGAGACAACACUACAGUGCGAAUGACCUCCUCAACGGUCCUCGAAUGGUCUAUUCUUGUGAAGGCGGUGAAAGAGGUGGAUUAUAGCUCGUUGCCUUCCUGUUUGCCUUCGAGAGACGAAGGUUGAAGGUCAAUUUAAUGACUUACAUCUCGCCACCUGUUUUGCUCUCAGUUUGCCUUGAGUACAUCUACCUCCACUUAAAAAUCAAACGUUUUUCUUGCCUCUUGCCAGCUCGAUAUUGGGUUGGCGACAAUCAGAUCUUGGUACCAAAACGUACAACUGGAGUACUUGCCUGGUUUC